AUGGCGGAUGCAGGAGAUGACUUAUUCUUGUUCGGCGAUGAUUUUGAGGCAAUUUUAGACCUUCUUGACGAAGAUGAAGCACUACAGGAACAAUUUUCAACUGUUGCUAGUGAAGUCGAAUCAACAGAGAUCGUGUGCAGCGACUGUGGAAAAAAGUACAAAUCAAGAGGAGGCUACCAAAGGCACAGAGCUACAAAGCACAAUGCAGAUCAAAACGCACAUCAUUUAACUUUGACGCCCAACUACUAUAACUAGCAUAGAACUGAAAUAUCUUACUAGUUGUUCAAUUCCCUGCCUUAUACAUUAUUUGUUAAAAUUUUUCAUUGCCCAGCAACCGGU